AUGCAAUCAGAUUGCAUUUAUUUUGCUAAACGUAUUUAUGUGUUAUGUGAGACUGAAAAUAUUUUAAACUUUUCAUUAGGUUUUGCUCUUCUGGAAUCAGGCAGCGUUAAUCGAAAGAAUGAAGUGAAUGUUAUGAUGAAGAAUAUUGUGGACAUGGUUUUCGGUGGACUAAGCUAUUGGAUGUUUGGAUACGGAAUGAGCUAUGGCACUUCAGAAGGCACGAAUCCUUUUUUCGCAGUAGGAAGUUACUUUGUAGAUACUUCCGAAACAAAUAUGGGGUAUUUAUAUGCGACAUAUAUUUUCCAGUUAUCCUUCGCAUCAACAGCAACGACUAUAGUGUCAGGAGCUGUAGCAGAAAGGUUCAAUUUCACUGCAUACUGCGUUUACUCUUUUUUAAAUACUUUUGUAUAUUGCUUGCCAGCUGGUUGGAUUUGGGGCGAACAUGGAUUUCUCAACCACUUGGGUAUCGUGGAUAUUGCUGGUUGCUGCCCAGUUCAUUUGGUAGGUGGCGCAUCGGCUUUGGUCGCUGUUAUGAUGAUUGGUCCCAGAAGAGGAAGAUACGAUCGACAGAAAAUAUCGCCAACUAUUCAGUCUCCAACUAAUGCUAUGUUAGGAAUGUUUGUGCUUUGGUGGGGAUGGCUAGGAUUUAACUGUGGAAGUACGUUUGGUGUUACUGGUGCCAAAUGGAAAUAUGCAGCCAGAUCCGCUAUCACAACUAUAAAUGCAUCAGUGGGUGGUGGAAUAAACUCAUUAAUAUUUAGUUCCAUUUACUUCAAGAAAAGGUUUCUAAUAUCAAAUCUCAUAAAUGGAAUAUUAUCAUCUUUGGUGGCCAUAACAGCUGGUUGCGUCUUAUACAGCCCAUGGGAAGCUCUGUUCAUUGGGAUAAUCAGCUCCUUCUUGACAAAUUUUCUGACGCCAGCUUUAGAUAAACUGAAGAUCGAUGAUCCGGUUGGUGCUGUACCAGUACAUUUAGCCGGCUCAGUAUGGGGAAUGGUAGCUGUAGGCCUUUUUGUUGAAAAAGAUUCUGUGUUAAAGUUAAGCAAAGGACGAGCAGGAGUAUUUCAGAAAGGGGGCUUCUAUUUACUGGGCGUACAAGUUCUAGGAAUCAUAGUUGUUGGAUUAUGGAGUAGUAUAACAACAUACAUUCUUCUGCGGGUAAUUAAUCUAGUCCUUCCACUACGGAUGUCAGCAGAAGAUGAAGAUAUUGGAGCAGAUUCAGUAGAGCAUGACAUAAAGCAUUUCACAAGCAUGCAAAACAUGCCAUUUUCCUCUACCACGUCUUUGCCAUUUAGGACUUCAUCGAUACUGCCGGUUGGAGAAUUGCAAAAUGUGAUCACAGCAAAUGCUAGGAGGUCAAACCCGGAGAACUAUAAGUUUGAAGUACUUACAACUGCUCUUUUUGAAAGCAUUCCCCGUGGUGAACUUUCUGCUAAAUACCAUAUUAAGACGGAUGAGUUAACAGAUUUUAUUCUUUGA